CCCACCCUUACCUCACUUGACUUCUGAUCGCUAUUUGUCCAGGUCAUACACCCCCCGGUGGAUGCAUGGUCGCUCUCUCUGCAUACAUUCUGACCCCCCCGCGAUCCCCACCCCUCCGAUAACACAGCACCUCAAGGCAUCGGAGCUCCGCCGGUAGUUGCUUUCUCGCGAAUGAGUGCCACUAAUUUUGUCCUCUAAACCGGGGUGAGCAGCUCGACACUUGGCUCUUGGCCUCUGGGGUACCGGGUCCACCCAAUAAUAGGCUGAAUGGAGUCUCAACGGUCUCAAGGGACGUCAAGUCCGGCCGCGUCGUCGAUCUUCCUUCCUCUCGGACGACGAGGAUCUCGGACCUCGUUAUCGACCCAGGCCGAACGAGAAGGACUAAACGCAGCUCUUGACCAAAUCCACACGGCGGCCUAUCAGUCGGAUUCCCUCACCGUUUUCAAUGAUUUUACGAACCCACCCGCCCCGACAUCCGCAGCGGAGGAAAAGAGCUUCUCGGGCGAACUUCAAGGAGGCCUCAGUGGGUUGUAUAGUCGAUUUCGGACGUCGGUUGGUGGUGUGAGGGAUAUUGUCAGCGGUGUGGGAAGGUCCUCCGAUAAGGCAUCCUCUGAGGAUCAUGGUCCAAAGAGCCCUCCGUUGGAACGAUCCGCGCCGAGGCCUGCUUUUGACUCCGCAACCUCCAUAGAGCCCCAACCUUACUAUCCACCUUCGUCCCAGGGCUCCAGACUACACUCGCCAACCUCCGUCACGCAUCAUCCUGCCCAGGAUGGCCACCAUCUUUUGGAGCCCCGCAAGGGCUCGAAGCUCUCAUCAAAAACCACCAGUAUAUCAUCCAAAGCGUCGGUUUCGCCGUCCCCUGCAUUGAAAUCUCCAGCUGUGCCCUUGCCCAAAUCUACUACGAGCUCGGCUGCCGUGGAUCCAACAGUCACUGAACUCCAUGUCAAUGCCGUCAAGGAGCCAUCCCAUUAUUCAAGUAAUAAUUCUGUCAACCUCUCGACGCAUAGUUUGCAGACAACCGAUUCAGUUGGCACAGAUAAGGAAGAAGUACCACAUCCUCCGUCGCUGAGCUCCUCUGGAUGGAGUCAACGAUUGUCGCACUCGCCCGUGUUACAGGCUAAAGUUCACAACGGCUCCACCGACAGUCCUGGAGUCACAGAUUUCAGCAGAUCGUCCACAGCGGACAAUCAGAUGCCUGACAGUAAGAAGAAACCAGACGGCCAAGGGGCUCACGAUGUUGAUGUGUCUCUGCCCGGACCAGCAAGAAAGGGUAAAGGUUCAAUCGAUGGCUCCCAAAAUGGCGCCUCGUUAGCCCAGGAGAGGAUAAGGUCCGAUUCAGCCGCGUCUUUCAAUCCCGAUUGGUCCAGUAUCGUGUCCGGUUCGGGGACAAACAGUGCCUUCCAGACUCCAAACAAUGGUGAAACCGCUUACCCUGAUGGCUUGCCGUCAUCUUCCACUGCCGCAACAUCAAUAUCCUUAGCGGAUGGGGAGGCACGAUCGCGAGAGGCGCUUAAGAACCAGUACAAGGAUAAUAAAACCCGACAGGAGUCCGUCGCGUCCAGUUCAAGCCGCCUUCAAGGAGGCUAUGCGGCACCCCAAACCGCCCACGCCGAGACGGUGUCUGGUCCUCCUAUUGUGCCUCCCAUAAAUACGGCCGUGGACCGCAUGCCGAGUAGUCAAGACGUCCGGGCUCGGCGCCCACCUCUUAGAGAAAAUUCGAGUACUAAUUUCAGGAGCAAGCUUCUUAGUAAGGAAUAUUGGAUGCGCGACGAGAACGCGAAAGAUUGUUUUCACUGUGGUGAAACUUUUUCUACGUUUAGACGGAAGCAUCAUUGUCGAACCUGUGGUCAAAUCUUUGAUUCUAAAUGCACCCUUCUUAUUUCAGGGGAGAGGUUUGGUCAACAGGGGACUAUUCGCGUUUGCCAACCAUGUGAGGCCAUGAUCAAUGGACAUGAUGACGAUUCGUCCGAAUUCUCGGACAGUGAGCAGAGUCCGAUCGCCGUCAAUCCUCGCGUUUCAGAGCUGGGGUCGGCAACCUACCCACGCAUGGGCACAGAUGACGAUGACACCUCUUCUAUCAUCUCGCAGCCAAUGGAGCAUGUGAUGAAGACGCCAACCAUGGCGAUCCCAGCUACGCGACGCGCUGGCGAGGGUCAUAAUCGCCGCUCGGCGGUUCUUGAGAUCAGUCCCGAUCGACCCCUGCUGGCCAGGCCCACCUCUUCAAGGUCUCUUAAAUCUACGCUGAGUGGGAGAACACAUUCAAUGGGACACAAGCGCCACCAUUCCCGUCAGCAAGUUAUUCGAAACUUCAAGACUCACCAUGAUGAACGCGCCCCCUUUCAGCGGCGCAAUGCCGACGACUCCAGCCGCGGUACUAACCUUCCUGCGUUCCACAAAGACAAUAUCAUCGACCCAGAUCUAGCACAAUAUCUGUCAGACGAUGCAUCCAGUGGUGAUGAGCAGCCCAGUCUCAUGUCAGCGGUCUCUGAUGCUUCAUUGUCUAAGAGCGGUGGCGAGACUGAGAGAACAACCUUUGGUGGUCUUCUGGCUGCUAUGAAGAAGGGCCGCUCCGCUUUUGGGGACCGCAGCGUUGCCAGUUUCAAUCAAGCGGGAGGCCGUGAGCUAGACGAUGGAAGUAUCAGCAGCUCCAAAGCCGUCAAUCUUCCCCGUCGACGGCGUAAUCUCAGCGUUGCCAGCAGUGUCCACCGCCACUCCCCGAGAGCCUCGAAGGAAAGCGGAUUCCUUUCUCAUGAACCGUCGAAUGCCGCCCAUGUCUUUCCUGCGGGUGUCCCCUCCAGUGGUUUCAAGAUGACGAGAAGUUCUUCCAUGAGAGGAGCGGGAGCCCCCCCGGUGGAGCUCAACAAAGCUAGUUUGCAGCACGUUCGUAAACUGCUUCGUCAGCUCUUGACCGACUCAGUUAUUCCUCACGCGCAUAGCUGGGAGACGGCGCUGCUUCCCAUUCUUCUCAAAGCAGCCGAUGAUGUUGAUCCAGAUGUCCAGGGAGGUGACGAUAUGGACAUUCGCCAUUACAUCAAACUCAAAAAGAUCCUGGGUGGCCGGCCAGGCGAUACAUGUUAUGUCUCCGGCCUGGUGUUUACGAAAAACCUUGCUCUCAAAAGCAUGUCCCGGAGUAUUCCACGGCCCAAAAUCCUCAUUAUCGCGUUCCCCCUCGAAUAUGCACGGCACCAGCAGCACUUCAUGAGCUUGGAGCCUGUAAUUCGCCAGGAGCGUGAAUUUCUCGAAAACCUCGUCGGCCGCAUAGCUGCUCUCCGGCCUAAUCUGCUUCUUGUGGAAAAGAACGUCUCUGGCCUCGCGUUGGAGUUGCUGGAGAAAGCCAACAUCGCGACUGCCUACAAUGUCAAGUCCUCCGUACUCGAGGCUGUGUCGCGGUGCACUCAAACUAAAAUCAUCACAUCCAUGGAUAAACUGGUGACUACCCCCACGGGGAGUGAGUGUGGCAGCUUUGACGUUAGGACGCACGUUUUCAACGGUCGAAAGAAGACGUACAUGUACCUCUCUGGCUGCAGUAAGGAGCUCGGAUGUACUAUCGUCCUCCGCGGUAGCGAUAGCGAAGUGCUUUGCCGUGUGAAGAAGAUCACAGAAUUCAUGGCAUAUGUCGUUUACAAUCUAAGGUUGGAGACGUGUGUAAUGAGGGAUGAAUUCGCCCAGAUUCCCACCUCAUUCGACACCGACAGCCGAGAUAAGAAGGGCGAUGAACGAAUUCGUUCCGGUGCUUCAACAAUCAAAGCAGAAAAUCAAAGGUUUCCGGCUCUUCCGCAGGCAGAAUCGACGGACAGCAAGAGUGACAGUUCCUCCCUGGAGAAGAGCAGUGGAGUCACCGGCGAAGACACCGAUGUGCCCGACGAUGUGCCAAUGCCAACCUAUUACGAGGACAUUGUUCGAGAUCACGAAACCAAAAUUAUCUCGGCCUCUCCGUUCGUCAAAUUUGAGCCUCCGUACCUGCUGAUGCGGGCUAGAGAGAUGGAGCGCAGGCUAGAUUACCUCAAACGUCUUCAAAACCAGGAUCUCGAAUCUGAUAAAUCACUGGACGAGAAAAGCAAAUCUCAGAAAUUCGUUCUUAUUACGCCAGAGAUGGUUCACGAAUCACCUCAGGGCGCUUCGCCCAAGGUCAAAGAGGUUCUGCGCGCGGCCCACGAUGCCGAAUACGACCGAGCUCUGCAUCACUACCAGACCCAAAAACGCCAGUGGGAGGCGUAUAUCGGGGGAACCACGGAUAUCUUUGAUCCGUAUACACACCAGAAUAUCGUUGUGCUUUAUAGUCUGGUCUGCACCACUUCCUCAGUCCCUUGCUCUGGCCCAGAUCUGAUCGCCUUGGAAUACUACAACGAACAUGGUGGUGAGGAUGUGAUUCUCGAGCCUGACUGCACGAUUGGUCAGUACGUGGAGGAUGUCUGCCUCAAUGCUCACGCUAUCUGUACAGUCAAUGGCUGUGAAAAGCACAUGUUUGAACAUCACCGGCAAUACGUUCAUGGGGAAGCCCAAAUUAGCGUCUUUAUUCAGCCUCACCCAUCCAAGUUGCGAGGUCUUCAUGACACAAUCUUGAUGUGGAGCAGUUGCAAGAUCUGUGGCAAUGAAACCCAAGUCACCCCAAUGUCAGAAAGUACGUGGAGGUAUUCCUUUGGGAAAUACUUGGAGCUCUCUUUCUGGAGCAAAAACCUUCACGCUCGGGCAGGCGUUUGUCCCCACGAUCUACAGCGUGACCAUCUGCGCUACUUCGGUUUCAAGGAUAUCGCCAUUCGUAUUCACUACGAUACGAUCAAUCUGCUGGAGAUAAUCGUUCCCAGAACUCGAGUCACGUGGAAGGUCGACAAUGAUCUGAAGCUCAGGAACGAGGUCUACGUCCGUACGGAGCACCGUCUGAACAAAUUCAUGGUCUCCGUCAAAACACGACUCAAGGGGAUCAACGUCGAAAGCGUCGUUCCCAAAUUGAUUGAUGACUGCAAGAAAGAAAUCGAGGUCUUGACUAAAAAAGCGAGUGAAGAUCACGCGUUCCUCAUCCGACAACUGCAGGACAAAUAUACGAACUCUCGUUACUGGGAACUGAUCCCUUUGAACGAGGUGCUUCGAUCUGUGCAGGAGAAGGUUGUCGAAUGGGAUACCGCAUUCGCCGAGUUUGAGAAGAACUUCUUCCCCUCCGAGAAAGACAUCAGGCGACUGGCAACCUUGCAAUUGAAGAAGAUCUUCUUGGACAAGGAUGCUUCCGUUACGUCUCUCAGUUCAACCGAGGAGACCCCGACUACCCCGACAGAGGCUGAAAGCGAGAACAACGAGGAGCCCACAGAAUUACGGACAAUGCGUCGCAUGACGCUUUCUCCAGAAAAGGCGCAGGACGUGCUAGUGUCUGUUGUCGAAGAGCAUUCGGGGGAGAAAGAAGGAGCCGUAGCUCAAGGAGAAGAAACACCUAAAGUGGAAGAGAUAGAGUCUGCCGCUCCCUCGCCCACCCCGGAAGGAAGACCACGCUCAUCCACUCAGCCUGAGAUUGUGGCGGAGAAGGAGGUGCAACAUCUCGAUUUGGCGUUACCUUCGUCUCAGCCCGAAAGAGCUUUGGAGCCUUCUGCCACUAUUGCCACUCCUACGCGUACAGACAUGGAGGAUCGACCGGGACCGAUUUCUAACUCACCUGAUUCCAGCGUAUCUCCCACGGACACUAGUGUCUUGGAGCAGGUGAAAUCUCGGAGGGAAAGUCAAAAGAGUAUCGAAGGCGAGGGAUCUCCGGUUACGCCUGUGGCUACGCCAAGUCGUCCCCCAUCCGCCAUCCCUCGUCCUACCGAAAUCGCCAGUCGUCGCAUUGGCAAGGCGACUUCUCCACCGCUGCUGCGUGCCCAGUCUCAGCCUGCCCAUCUCAAGGACGCUGCCAAUGACACAACCCCACCGAAGGGGUAUAAAUUCGGAACCGGGAAACAAAGCCCCGGGCCGUUGGACUCGAAGUUCAAGUUUUCGGAUAAGAAACUGUCGGAUCGAUUCGGACUAGGAGCCCUUCGGAAUGGACGGCUCGCCUCCGGUCCCUCCCUCAUCCCUCGUUCAAUUCCGACCAGACGGAAACAGUCGCGUGUUUCUUACUUGGCAAAACACUUCGAGCAGCUGAGUCGUGAGUUUGAAAAAGAACGUCAGCGCGAGCGAGCACAGCGAGCUGCGAAAGGCUCGCAUUCUCGCGCCUACCCACUGGCCAGCUCCAAGCCCAUUGUGGAAGUUUAUAAGAACGUCAGAGAAGCAGUGGAAGAGCGAGAACCUACGGGAGAAGGCGAAGACUUGUCGUCGUCCGCUCCGCGAGUCUCGGCGGACAAUUCGAGCCGAGGCAGUGAGGAAUUCCUCAAGAGGACCUCGGAUGAAGAGCAGCGGAAAGAUCAAAGUCCACAUGAACCGACCCAAGGGGUUGAAACUGAGAGCAAUGCCCCGGCGGAGGAUCAUCACGUCUUGUCUGAGGGUGAAGGGGAAGACGCGCACAGCGACGAAGAUCGAGCCUCGGCGGAUGGGCUCCAAGUGAUCGACUCCAACGAGGACCUACCGAAAAUGUCUCCCGAAGACGAUAACAUGGACCUCAAGGAAUUGCCUAGGCAUGAACGAAGCACGCUUCUGAAAUUGCUAACCAAUUUCUGGUCUGAGCGUUCGGCGAGCGGAUGGAGUCCCCUCGAAUAUCCGCUCACAAUGUCCGACCACGUCUUUGCGGAUUGUGAUAUCAUUGUGCGGGAGGAUGAGCCAAGCUCCUUGAUUGCCUUCGCCUUGGAUUCGCAGGACUAUCAAGAGAAGCUGGCCAGUAUACAGCAGCGCUACGAGGAUCUCGACGCGGCUAAUGCGGGCCCCGAGAAAGAUGCUGAGGCCCGGGUUGAACAUGCGCUGCUGAGGUCCACCGGAACGCAUCUCAAAUACCAGUUCCAAGAGGGACAGGCAAAGAUGCUUUGCAAGGUGUUUUAUGCCGAGCAAUUCGAUGCCUUGCGAAAGAAAUGCGGCGUCUCCGAGCGAAUAGUCGAAUCCCUUUCUCGCUGCGCUAAAUGGGACUCACGGGGAGGCAAAACCAAGUCGCUGUUCCUGAAGACUCUGGACGAUCGCUUCAUUCUGAAAUCGUUGGCCGCGAUUGAAACACAGGCGUUCCUCAAGUUCGCUCCGGCGUAUUUCCAGAUAAUGUCUGAGGCCUUGUUCCACGAGCUGCCGUCUGCCAUUGCCAAGAUGUUUGGGUUCUACCAAGUGAUCAUCAAGAAUCCGGCCACAGGCGCUGAGUUCAAUUGGUUCCUUCUGCUGAUGGAGAACUUGUUCUAUGAUCGAGUCCCCACGCGAAUCUUCGAUUUGAAGGGAUCCAUGAGAAACCGCAAGGUCCAGAGCACGGGGGAGCGCAACGAGGUCCUUCUGGACGAGAACAUGGUGGAUUUCAUCUACGAGACGCCCUUGUUCGCCCGCGAUCACUCCAAGAAACUACUGAGCCAGAGUGUCUGGAACGACACGCUGUUCCUGGGACGACAGAACGUCAUGGACUACUCGCUCAUGAUCGCUAUCGACGAGCAACGGUCCGAGUUAGUGGUCGGAGUCAUCGAUUGCAUCCGCACAUAUACCUGGGACAAGAAGCUGGAGUCGUGGAUCAAAGACCGGGGCUUCGCCGGCGGCGGCAAGAAUCGGCCCACGGUGACCAGUCCGAAGGAGUAUAAGAGCCGAUUCAGGGAGGCAAUGGCCCGCUACGUCCUCCAAGCACCAAGUUGCUGGCAUCAACUCCAACGAACCCCUAUCCAGUCCCAGGUUCCCUCGAUGAGGCAACAAGUCCAGGGUGGUGAUAUCGUUGACUUCGAGUCCGCGGGAUACUGAACAAAUCGCACUUUUGGCCGGAGAGGACUGAUUAUGGAUAAAUGACUUUACGACAUGUGCCAUUGAUUGUAUGACUAUCAUGAGAACAUGACCAUCUUUCUUACUUGUACUGCGGGAUCUACGGCGUUGUAUCUGAGCUUUUUGUAUGAUUGCAUUCAUUGGAGUAUAGCGAUUUUUUUUAUUUCUUUUACCCCAAAUACCGUAGGAAAG